AUGCUCUUCGCGUGUCCUACAGUUACCACUUUUCUGUACAAGAACCAACAACGCACGGGAGUUCGCACUCAAGAUUUUUUGGGACGCAUCGGUGAGAAGCGCGCGUUGGUGCUGAAGCUUGGGGGGGCGCUCGGGGGAAGGGGGGGAGUGGGGUGGAGUGAGAGGGAGUUUGGAUUGAAGUGGAAGGGCGUGCUGCAGGGAUGGAGGGAGCGUGUGGCGGUGCUGACAGGGGCGGGUGUGUCUGCAGCAUCAGGCGUGCCCACCUUCAGAGGGGCGGGUGGGCUCUGGCGCACUUAUGAUGCCACGGUGGGUGCCAUGCCACGGUGGGUGCCAUGCCACGGUGGGUGCCAUGCCACGGUGGGUGCCAUGCCACGGUGGGUGCCAUGCCACGGUGGGUGCCAUGCCACGGUGGGUGCCAUGCCACGGUGGGUGCCAUGCCACGGUGGGUGCCAUGCCACGGUGGGUGUCAUGCCAUGGUGGGUGCCAUGCCACGGUGGGUGCCAUGCCACGGUGGGUGCCAUGCCACAGUGGGUGCCAUGCCAUCUUGCAUGCUUCAUGAAGUUCGUGUUGGUUGAUGUGAUGCGCCGUGGUGGGUCACUCGCAUGCUGCUUUGCUGUGUGCGGCACUCAUAACGCCAUAUCAGUUGUCACCCCCCUUCCUCCCUUCCCUCGCCCUCGCCCCUUGCACCUUCGCCCUUCUCAUCCCUGCGCCCACAGGAGCUGGCAACCCCACAGGCGUUUGCGGCGGACCCAUCGCUGGUGUGGGAGUUCUACCACUACCGCAGGUGCUGCCCUCCUGCUGCCUACCACCACUAUAGCCACUUCCUUCCUUCCGUCUGCCACCACUGCAGGCUCUUGCCUCAAGAGUGUGGUGGCACGGUGCACACCCAAUGCGGGCCACGAGGCGCUGGUGCAGCUGGAGCAGCGCUGCCAGCGGGAGGGCAAGGCAUUCACGCUCCUCACACAGCAUCGCAAUGUGGAUGGACUGCCAUGCCCGGCUGGGGCAGUAACAUCUUCAGCUGCUUGCACCACUGCCGUCACAUGUGCCCUCGUCUUGCCUGCUCGGCCCUGCUGCACUCCUCGCUGUGCAUUGGCGGCAUGCCCACCAUCGCCCCCCACCCAUCGUCACCCCUCACCAUCCCCUGGCAAACCUCAGAACGUGGACGGGCUGCACACAGCAGCGGGCAGCAGCGCGCUGGUGGAGCUGCAUGGCUGCCUCUGGCGCACCCGCUGCCUAACCUGGAGCGCCCAGCGAGGGUGCCAAGGCAGCGAGCAUAGCUCUCAAGGACCUGCCGCGCUGCACCAAGCUGCCCGGGAGUGCAGCUUCAAGCCGACCCUGCAAUGGGUUGCUUCGGCCGGACGUGGUGUGGUUCGGGGAGUGUUUGGAUCCGCGGGUGGUGCAAGCAGCAGAGGACGCCCUCACUGGCUGCGACCUGCUGCUCGUUGUCGGAACAUCCGGUGUUGUGCAUCCAGCAGCGGGGUUUGCUCGGGUCGUGCGGGCGGCAGGGGGGCGGGUGCGGAGUUCAAUGCGGAAGCCACGGCACUCUCCCCUCUCGCCACCUGGAAGUUCCCUGGAGACUCUGCCAUGCUUCUGCCGCUCGUGCUGGGGUGA